CGUAUCAAUAUAAUGAAAAAGGAUAGUGACGAAGAAACUGAAGGAACAGAAACACCUAAAUCUCAUCAAAGUGUUACUUUUCAACCUAAUAUCACAAUAUCAUCACCACCAUCACCAAAGAAAAAACCUCAUCGUCCAAAAACAAGUAGCUCAUCAUCAUAUGAUCAACACUUUUUAAAACACCCAUUAGCAACAGAAACAGUUUUUGACGAAACAGAAAAAACGGAUACAGAAGAAUUGGAUGAUGAUACUAUAUCAGAAGAAGAAGAACAACAACAACUUUCUUCAUUGGAUAUAGAUCAACCAGGCAGGGAAUUGGCAAGGGCUUCAAUAUCGCAUGCUGAUGCUAAGGAUCGUCAUGGGGAAUUUCAAAAUCUAUUGGCAGAAUCUGCUGCUCUUGUGGAUCGAAUGUUAGGAGACCCAAGAACCGCUAUGGAACAACAUGAAGCUCAUUAUCACGAACCAUCAUCUGAUACUGAUCCUUUUGUAGAAGAUGUUAGUCAUUUACCUUCCUAUCUUACUCAAAAAUCAACUCAUUUAUAUCAUCCUCCUCGACGUGGUGGAAGUGUAUUAGGUAGUCUUAUGAAAUUGGAACAUCAACGACAACUUCAAGUCCCACGCCCAUCCCUUGUACAACAACAACCUGGGAAAAUAGAUCAACAAGAAAUCAAAAAGAAGAAAAAAAUAAAGAAGAAAGAAGUUGAUGAAAAACGAAUCAAGAGACACAAGAAAAGCAAAUCAUUAUACAACAUGCCACAACAUAGUUUGAGUGCCGAUAUGAUCAAACGACCCAAACGACCCAAGAUGGCCAGUAGCAAUAGUUGGUUAACAGAAAUGACAAGAACUCAACAUCUUGUUCCUAGUCUGGAUAAACGGAAAGCACAAACGAAUGGUUCAUCACGUCGAUCCAGCAAAGAUAGUACAAUGACACGCGCGUCUCAAUUCGAACCCAUCAGCUUGGAAGAUCGUAUACGGAUUACAUUUGAAAUCGCCAAUAUUUUACAGAAACAAACUUUUUUACGAAAACUCGUCAAAUGUCUGAUGCUCUAUGGUUGUCCUGCUCAUCGUUUGGAAUACAUUUUACGUACAGUAUCGAAAACUCUUGGCGUGGAGGCAGAAUAUGUCUAUUUACCCAACAUCAUGUUGAUGAACUUUGUGGAUCCUGAUAUGCAUACGACAGAAACGCAUUUUGUACGACAAACUCAAAUGUUUGAUAUGCAUAAGCUUGGUGAAAUCUAUCGAUUGGAAAAAUUGGUGGCUCAUGGUGAAGUCAGCGUGGAUGAAGCUUUGGAAUUUAUUGAUAAGGUCACUAUGGAUCCUGAUUUCUAUCCAUUUUGGAUGGGUCCUUUUACCUAUGCUUUGGCAAGUUUCUGUGGUUGCGUAAUGUUUUAUGGUGGUACUUGGCGUGAAGCUGGAUUGGCAUCUGCAUUAGCUGUGUUUUUUGCGAUUUAUGAACUCUUCAGUGGACGUCUGGUUAGUUUUCAACCUAUUUACGAAAUCACUUGUUGUAUUAUCGUUGGUUUUAUCUCAAGAGCCGUAGGAAAAUUCGGUUUUUGUUUUACACCUGUUGCUUUUGCUUCGUUCAUCAUCAUCCUACCUGGGUAUUCUAUGACAAUCUCGAUCGUGGAAUUAGUAUCUCGACAACUCGUAUGUGGCAUUGUGCGGAUGGUAUAUGCUAUCAUCUAUUGUUUUCUUCUAGGAUACGGGAUUACCAUGGGCUCCUCUCUUUACAUCACCAUUGAUCCAUCUGCUAUGAACCAAAAGGACUCUUGUCAACGUACGGAAAAAGCAUCCACUUGUUUGACCACGGUGCCCGAAGUCUUCUACUUUUUGACAGUGCCUUUAUUUGCUAUAACCUAUUGUAUUUAUUUACGUGCAAGGAUUCCUCGUUGGCCGGUGAUGAUCAGUGUCGGUAUCAUUGGAUUUGUUGUCAAUUGGGCAUUGGCUUGUCGUGCAACAUCACCUUCUCAAGUCUUACAAGUCGUACCGGCGUUUGCCAUUGGUUUAUUGGGAAAUCUAUAUACCAAGUUUACACAAAAAAUGUCAUUUGAUGCUGUCUUAUUAGGGGUCUUUUAUUUGGUCCCAGGAAGUUUAGGUCUAAAAUCUGCUCUUGGGUUCUUUGGUGCUUCAUCAGGGUCCGAAUUUAGUAAUCAAGGCGCUGGUUUUGCACUCUCCAUGAUCGAAGCUGCCAUUGGGAUCUCUAUUGGAUUAUUUGUUGCCACUUUGAUUGUAUACCCUAGAGGUACUACACAUACACCUCUCAUGAAUUUUUAGUUUUUGUUUUUUUUCUUUUUUUUUUUU